CGACUAAAAUUUUCUAAUACGAAAAACUGGAUUUUUUUUUGUGCGGCCAGCGCCGUGUAGUGCUGUAAAGUGAAUAAACUUCGCUGCCGGUAGAGUUGAUAAACUCCAAAUUCUAGCUGUUGUUAUUCUAUUCCCAAAAGAAGAAGAGAAACACGCACAUUUUCUACAUUCUGUAAAACGAAUAAAAUUUUGUACCGCAAAGAACACGAAAUAUCAACAAAGCAACUAAAAUGCCGCGACCCCCGAAAAGAGCACACUUGGAUGAAGAGGAGGAGCAUGCCAAGGAAGAGCAUCCCCAAGAGCAAUCUGCUUCAGAAGGCGACAACCAAAUCAAAGACGUCGAGGCUUUCACAAACCAAGCUUUCAAGAACGUAGUGGCAGCCACAAGAGCCGCCAAUGCCUUUCCACAGGGAACCGCCCGGGCCCUGUAUUUGAGCUAUCCGGGUUAUGCACGUGUCAUGGACGACCUGUCCCAACGGGUGGUUGGACUAAUCGGCAAUGUGCUUCAGGCCAAGCAGAUCAAGGGUGACAUUACAAAACGUCAACUGGAUGAGCAGUUUGAGAUGGUGCAGGAGUGCAACGACAUACUGUUUGAGCGCAUUACAACCAACUUGGACAUUAAGAGCGGUCUGCGCAGGAAUCCCCACCAGGUGGUGGAGGCUCAGGUAGACGUGAUGAGCAGCGCAACAUCAGCAGAGCCAGCAGCUGCUUCUCCACAAACGCAGGAGGCACCAAAGGCGGGCAGCUGGAAUAGAACGACUGGAACGCCUCAACGUAACAUGGUUUCUGCCCGCCUCUUCACCGCCAAAAACAUUGUGCGCCCGCAGACUCAGUUUAAGGAGCCAGUAGACAACAGUGCCCAGAACCCAUUCACUCCAACACUAAAGGAAAAGCCAAACUCGCUGAAGCCACUGGCCUUGCUGCCCGAAUACGAUGAGGCUGGCAAUAUCCAAUCCUACCUCCAUCCCUACGAGUUCGAGCUGCUAAAGUUUCAGCCCCCAGCGAAACAACUUCAAAAGCAAAAGCCAGUGCUACCUGCUCCGAUGGCAGAUACCGAACUGAUGCUAGUGGACACCGUCGAAAAACUAAAGCAGGCCUUGGAGGAAUUAAGACAAGCCUCCGAGAUCGCCAUCGAUGUCGAACACCACUCGUAUCGCACCUUUAUGGGCAUCACUUGCCUGGUCCAGAUGUCUACUCGCUCCAAAGAUUAUAUUUUUGAUACCCUGAAGCUGCGUGAAGAGAUGCAUAUACUUAAUCUGGUACUCACCGAUCCCAAGAAACUGAAGAUACUUCAUGGCGCCGAUUUGGAUAUUGAGUGGCUGCAGCGGGACCUGUCGCUGUAUAUCGUCAACAUGUUCGACACCCAUCGGGCAGCCAAAGCUUUAAAUAUUGCCCGGUUAUCGCUGGCCUUCCUGCUGAAGUACUACCUUGAUUUGGAUGUGGACAAGAGCCUGCAACUGGCCGAUUGGCGGAUGAGACCAUUGCCUCAGCAACUGGUGGACUAUGCCCGUCAGGAUACCCAUUUUCUGAUAUACGUUUACGAAAGGAUGACAAACGACCUGCUCCAGCAGCAGGCGGACCCGGGAUUGCUGAACAGUGUAUAUCAAAUGAGCACGGAUGUGUGCAAGAAGCGAUAUAAUAAGCCUCACAUUGGACCGGAAUCGCACUUGGAUUUGGUGCGGAAAACAAAGCGCUCUUUUGACAACCGCCAGCUGCACGCUCUGCGCGGAAUUUUCGAGUGGCGUGAUGCGACAGCGCGGUCGGAGGACGAGAGCUAUGGUUAUGUAUUGCCCAACCACAUGAUGCUCCAGAUCGCCGAGAGCCUUCCCAGGGAGAUGCAGGGCAUCCUGGCCUGCUGCAAUCCGAUUCCGCCACUGGUGCGACAGCAGCUGCACACGCUUCACCAGAUCGUUCUCAGGGCACGCGAUCAGCCUCUUAUCAAACCAAUUUUAGAGGCCCGUAGCAGCACACAGGCUUCCCUGCCACCUUCGACCAAGGACUUCAGCAGCAAACUCUACUGUCCGCAUGACUUUUCGCAUCAGGAGGAGACUCGUGACGACUUGCCAACGCUGUUAAAACGAAGUUCUACAUCUGGAAAACUCGUUCUGCCCAAAGAUGAGGAGAUACCCAAAGAAGAUGCAAUCAAUGUGGCACCAGCAAUGGCUCUGUUUAACAAGCCCGCCAAACCUACACAGGAAGAGGAACUGCGCUGGGCCCAUAUUCGCAAGGAGAGCGAGAACCUCCGUAUGCCCUAUAAACGCUACUUAGCCAUCCUGCCUCUGAUGGAGCAGCUGAAGGCCGAUCAGAUCGCCAGGGAACGCAGUGAGCUGCUCAAGAGACGCUUGUGUCCGGCGGCGCCAGCUCCGGAGCAAAAUAUAAAGUUGGAGGCAUCAGUGCAACAAGAAGAAGACUCCAUGUACUCCGUGCCUCUCAAGGAACAACUGAAACGGAAGCACCAAGCUAACGGAAAAGCAGACGAAGAUCACCAGCCAACUAGCAGUAAGAGGCCCCGCAAAGAUGAGAAUACACAACCUAGAGUCAAGCCAGAACCGACGGUGAAGACUGAACCUGCAGAAGCUGUUCAGGAAGUUGCAGGCGAAAGCGAUGACGAGGUCGUAGAAGUUCCAAUAGAAAGGCAGUCAGCGGAAAAAGUGAAACCAGUGCCACCGCAAAAUAAGCGACAGGAAAAGCGAAAAGAAUUUCAACGCGGUUUUAAAGCUAAGAACCGAGCAAAUCAUCCGCAGAGUUCUAAUCAGCAAGUUCCUCAGCCUAAAGGUGGAGCUAACUUUGACUACAAGAACGUGGACUUCCGGCAAUUUAAAGGCGGAGCCCAAAGAGCUCGCGGCACCGAAAUCAAACAGAAUAUGCGCGGAAAGAACCGUCCCAACAACCGCAACAAUAAACAGUUUAACAAACUUUUUACAUUUAGUAAUGUAAAAAAAGACGGCAAGAAAUAAACUGAAAAUGUGCAUUAAGUCUAAAAACAUA